CGGCACACAGUACGCGGAUCUGGACUUCACGAAAGGACACGCGACAUGUGUGUUAAUAGGUAAAUAAUGCUCUCGUGAUGUACUAGGAACAAAAGCUUCGAAACAGAUUUGAAAAUACAGAAAAAGAUAAUAACUUAGUGUAACACGUUUUUAGUGAACAGAAGUUUCUAAUAACUCCCAAGACAACAGCAUUCAUAUGGAAGCCAACAAUGUCAACCAACUCUCUUCCAUCAACUCCACUCAUCCAAACGACGCUUUGCAGCUGGAAGACUUUUGGCAAUACCGACUCUCAAUCCAGAUCCAUCUUUACUACUUCCCGUUCAUAAUUUCGGUUGGGAUUCCAGGAAACGUCAUUUCCUUUGUCGUCCUCGUAUUCUCCUCCUUUCGGCGGAGCACCACAGCGCGCUACCUGGCGGUGAUAUCCAUUCUGGAUGUAAUAAUUCUGUGUACGGGCGCGGUUUGGCUGAUUAAUAAACGGAUGCCGGAAGAAGACGUAUUCCGACCAGGCAGCUGUAAAGCUUUCCUGUUUGUUUUUUAUUUCACGGCGCACUGGGACGUCCUACUGCUUGUGGCUGUCACGGCAGAGCGAUACAUCGUCGUCGUGUUUCCGUUAAUGGCGGACACGAUGGUAUCCAUGAAGCGAACUGUGGUGAUCAUCUGUUUGGCAGCUUUGUUGUCCGUUGGUCUGAACAUGCAUCAUUUCUUCACAGCGUACGUUCGAGUUUCAAACACUACAGGUUUGACAUAUUGUGGCAGCUCUGGCGGUGAAACCACAAAGUUCUUCAAGUACAGAAUCUACCCGUGGAUCGAUUCCAUCAUCUACUUUGUACUUCCGUUCACCGCCAUCUUUGUUCUAAACAUAUCCAUGAUGCACAUUACCGGAAGGGCCACCCGGAGACGGGGUCACAUGCAGAACAUGAGGUCAAGUGACGUAAACAGAAAACAAAUAGAGUUAACGGUCAUGCUCUUAUUGGUUUCUUUCUUCUUCCUGCUUCUAACUGGACCAAUGGGAGUCAUUCUUAUAGUCGAGAGAAUCGCGUGGAUCCCAACCUCUCUGAAGGAGAAAGCUGUUCAUAGGCUUAUCCACAGUGUCGUUGAUAACAUGAUGUACACAAACCAUGCCAUAAACUUUCUGUUCUAUUGUUUUAGCGGGCAGAGGUUUAGAAACGAGGUCAGGCGACUGAUGUGUUCAUUUAGAAAAGAUACAGUCAAUAGUAUUAGUAGAAGUUCAGCCAAUUCACCAGACCUUAAUACUAUUGCAUCGACUCUUUAGCUGUACUUUUGUUUAAAAGGUUGAUAUCAUGAUGUACACAAACCAUGCCAUAAAGUUGCAAUUCUAUUGUUUUAGCCGACAAUUGUUUAGAAACGAUGACAGAAACAAUCGUUGGUAUUCGUGAACGUUCAGCCAACUAUUCAGAUCUUAACAUGAUUGCAUCGACAGUUUAUUGACUGUAUAUUUUUUAACAAAAAUUAGUUGGCAAUGGUUUCGAAACGAGAUCAAGCGAGUAAUGUGUUACUUUAGGAAAGAUACAAUCGGUAAUAUUGGUGGAAGUUCAGCCAACUCUCCUGACCUUAAUAUCAUUGCAUCGACUCUUUAGUAAUACAUUUAUUUAUUUAUUUAUUUAUUUAUUUUAAUUUAUUAAUUUAUUAAUUUAUUUAAAUGACAAUGGAUCGAAACGAGAUCAGGCGGGUGAUGUGAUCGUUUAGGAAAUAUAAACGAGAUAGCACUGGAAGAAGGCAGAUCUGUUCCCCAGAGCCUAAUAUGACUGCAUCGUUUAGUUGUACAAUUUCAUUUUAAUUACAAAGGCCUAUAUCUAACUCAGUCGGUAGAUAACUCGCAUGCGGUCCUUAAGUCGGAAGAUCGAAAUCCCUCGGUGGACCAAUUUUCCGAUUAGGUUUUUUCCAGUCCCAAUCAAUGCCCCACGACUGGUAUAUCAAAGCCUGUAGUAAUAGAUAAGAUUAUCGCAAAAGAUCAAACAGGUUUCAUAAAAGGUAGAUAUAUAGAGGAAAACAUAAGAUUAAUAUAUGACACAAUGCAGUACACGGAAGAACAAAACAUCCGUGGCAUUAAUUAUUAAUUGAUUUUUAAAUUUUACUGAAAGCAAGUUGGAUUUGCUCAGUUUCAAAAUAUCAAUAAACAAUUGGAUAAAAACUUUAUAUAAUAAGUCAACCUCAAGAGUACUUCAGAAUGGAUUAUUAUCUGAAAGUUUCAAAUUAGAACAUGGAUGCAGACAAGAUGAUCCUCUCUCGCCAUAUAUUUUUAUUAUAUGUGCAGAAAUGCUCACAAUAUUAUUUAGAAACUCCAACAAAAUAAAUGGUUUAAAAAUAGGGGGAGAAGAAUUUCUCAUAUCUCAAUAUACUGAUGAUACAACCUAUAUUUUAGAUGGAUAUCCCAAAUCCCUUAAGAAAUCCCUAGAAAAUCUUAAGACUCAUAUGCUACUGUUUCUGGCUUAAACAUUAACCAUAUGAAACCACAAUACGUAUGGAUAGGUAGUAAAAACAUACUCAAAAUAUGUUUAUCACCAUGCAAGAUGGAAAUUAGAAUAGGGUUCAGACAAUUUGGAAAUGUUAGGGAUAAACGUUUCAGUUGAUAUGAAACAAAUUAUAACAAUAAAUUUCGAAACUAAAUCAUGGAAAUGAAAACAAAAAUAAAAUAAAGAUCUGAUAUCUAAGAAAGUUAAUAGGUAGAAUAGUCGUUUUUAAAUCUCUAAUUUUCCCUAAAAUAAAUAACUUACUAAUUUCACUGUCUAACCCACCAGAGCAAACAAUACAACAAAUAAAUAAAAUGGCUUUUAAUUUUAUCUGGCAAAAUAAACCAUACAAAACAAAAAGAGAAGUUCUAACCCAAAGCUAUUAAAAUGAAAAGGAUUAGCAGACUACAUGCGUAUUUUUAACAAACGCAAAAAUGGAAGUUAUUACAAAAUUAUCAAUAUAAAAACUCAUUACGCGUGGAGAUUAAUUUAUUAAAAUACAAAUUAAAAAACAAAACAACAGUUUCUGGAAAUAUAUUUUACAUAGUUUUGUGGUUAAUUAAUCAAAAACAAAUUCCUGAGUGUACAAAUUAAAUAUUUAGAAUCAAUAUUUGAUACACCAGUAAAAUAAUUGUAAUUGUAACAGUAUAAUAAUUGUUGAAACCCUUACAUUGUGAACACUAUAUGAAAUAUGGGGUUAUAUUUAUGCAAGAUUUAAUGGAUUAACAGGGUCAGUGUUUAAUCUAUGAAACAUAAACACAUUUGACAUACAAUCGAAUUUCUUAGAAUUUGUACUGUUAAUAAACGCAGUCAAAACACACACACACACACACACACACACACACACACACACACACACACACACACAUUAUUAUUAUUAUUAUUAUUACCAGAGUGUUUUUUGGC